AUGAUAGAACUUAACCACGACUGCCUCUGGCAGAUCUUCACUAAUUUGGAACAAGAUAAAAACUCUCUACACGCGGCAGUAUUAGUUAACCAUACCUGGUGUAAAGUUGCAAUUCAAUUUUUGUGGAAAAAACCAUUUCGUUUCUUGUAUACAUGUCAGAAAGCAUGCAAAUGUUUGACUGAAGGUCGACAUAAAAAAGCGAAAAACCUUCUUACGACUUUUAUUACAUGUAUUGCACAAAAUCAAGCUUCAUCUGCCAUUAAUAUGCAAGACUUUGUAAUAUGGACGAAUGCACCGCGCACGGCCUUCGAUUAUUCACGUUUCUUGCGUCACAUUGACCUUCAUGAUUUGUUUUUAGCACUUAUGGAUGGUGUUAAAUAUUUAAUAUCACAUAAACAUCUUGAUUAUGUAAUAGCUUUCCAACACAUCACAAAAUUUCUUGCACCCGACGAUAAUUGGGAAAGCGCAGUUAUUCAGGAAAUGGCUCGUGAUAUCUGCAAGCUCUUGGUAUCACAUUGUUCUAAUUUAAGGUGCUUAUCAAUUGACAUGGCGAAUAAACAAUGGUCAAAAGAAAAUCAUCGAUGUUCAAGUCUUCCAAACAUUUCUUUCUGGAUCACAGUCAAAGAAAUACCAGAAGAGCUUUUAUUGAUACCAACAUAUCCAGGAGCCACUAAAAGCUUAUCACAAUUAGUAGAAUUUUAUUGGGGAGCUACACAUUGGACAUCAGAGUUUUUGAUAGCCUUAUCAAAGGUUUCUAAAAGACUUCGAACACUUAUAAUUGACAUGUCUAAUUUCGGUAGAAAUGAGAGUAAUGAUCAUGCACGGAACUUGGGAACUUUAAUAAAAGUACAAACAGCUUUACAAGAAAUUCAAUUCAUUAAAUGUAAACCACGUGUUUUACCGUCAAUUAUGCAAGGACUUCGUACACAGGCAAAAUCAUUGCGUUACUUUCAUUUUCAAGGAAUGGUAAAAGAUUGGAGUGUGUUUUCAGAACUAGUGCAUUUAACCAAUAUUCAAGAAUUGAGUUUCGUUAAGGCCAACUUUCGAUGUAGUGAGAUUGAGAUGUUAGCAUCAUCAAAUUUUCCAAAUUUGACAAAGCUUGUUUUCGAUACUACUAGUUUUCGAUUUCCAAUUAUUAUACCUGAAAUUAUCAUACAAAGUUCUGGAAACAAACUUAGGACAUUUUCGUUACCAGCAUAUUUUUAUCCAUCAUAUAAUGGAUUUGUUCCUACAGUUUCAUU